AUGACGGAUACUGGAGCUUCUCCGGUAAAAGACAAAAAUAUUCAGAAUUUAAGUAGUUCCUUAUCGGCACAAUUGGGGAUAUCAGCAGAUGAAAUUGAAACUGCCUUAAGUUCGGUAAUGGAACAAAACAAUUUCAAAAUCUUCCAAAGUAAACAAAAUAAACGUAAAGAUUCUUUGUCCUCCGUUAUUGAAAUAACGCAUGAUGGGGCGACAUCGAUUAAUGUUAAAUUACCCAGCUUAUACAUCGAACCUCCAACAGUUCAAGAGGAAAACUCAAAAAGUAAAUCGAUUGCCGGAAAAACCUCAAAACCUUCAGAUGUACAUAUAGCAAAUUCAAUUUUUGAAAAUUUAAGUUGGCCAGAUUACUCAUGCCCAAAGGAUAGUUCAAAUAAUAAAAGUGAUUUGUUGCCUGAAUAUCAAAAUCGACAAACUCAUAUGGAAUUGAAAUCUGAUCAACGUCAAAAUAAAUCUCACAAACAAUUUCAAGAUGUUGAUGAAUCAUUUUCCACCGCUUCACAAUCUUAUAUUUUUCAGGAUAUUAAUAAACACCCUAAUACAGAAAGAUUAAUUGAUAUAUCCCCAUCUUCUUCACCAAAUCAUUACGUGAUUGAUAAUAAUGAACGUAAGCAAGAAUCUAAUGAAGAACUUGAACCUCCAUCUACAUCGUUGAUGGGUAAUUCUUGGAGUAAUUUAGGUAUUAAUAAAUCGCAAGAGGAACUAGGAGGUUGGGAAGAUAUUGGAACAUCUUAUGAACCCAUACAAAGUUUCACUGAUAAAACGAAUGCUCAAAAUGUAUCAGAGCCUACUUCUGCAAUAAAAAGUAAUCAUUCAUUUGUUGAUGGAUGGGAUGCACCUAAUGUAUAUGAAAAACCGGAAUCAUGGAACGAAGUUAGUACUGACAUUCAGCCAUCAUAUGUUAAUAAUAUAAAUAACUAUGAAUAUAUAGACGAUAGUCAGAACGUCACAAUUAAUCAUAUAAACGAGUCAGAAAAUAAAAUUGAAAAGAAUCCAGAUAUUAUCGACUAUAAAGUGCGAGAAUCUGUUUCUUCACCCGUCAGUAUUAAAGCUAUACCAGAAGUUGCACCUCAGAAAGUUCAGAAUACAAACAAAACCAAAAGUUCGGAGAAAUACUCUUCUGAAUGGCCUUCUCUAUCAGAAUCUGCUAAAAAGAGUGACUCAAAAAAGAAUACUGAAGUAGACCUUGGUGCUUGGGGUCCAAUGAGUACGAAUCUUGCCUCUGCUUGGGGUAAACCUAAGAAAUGGAAAUCUGAGACUGAAACAAAGAAACCCGAAACCCCUGCCACUCCUGUUUGGAAUCCACUAGACAUAUAUACCCGUGUUUGGACGCCUAUUCAGGAUCCCAAGCCAUUCUUUCAGAAAAGGCGUAAUACUCCAUUUAAACACGACUUUGAUGAUAAUGAAGGGUGGGGAGCCCCUCCAGCAAAGUGCAUUCCAUGGAAUGAUUCAAGGCAAGGAUAUUGUGUUGACUUGAUUGAAGAACAGAAAGAAACGACAUUUUGGUCAAUGCAAAAUGGUACUUGGGUUAAUGUAAGCGAGGAAUCGAGAAUAACUCAAGAAAAGAAAACCGUUGAAUAUACAUCUGACGGUUCUAGUCGUAGAGAAGUUCGACAAACGAGAACUCAAACUCAACGUAUCGAACGUCAGGGAAUUGAAGGUUCAGAUAAUGUUUCUCGGAAUGAAAAUAUUGAACAUAGUCGUGAACGAGAAGAACGUGGUUUAAUUGAACAAGAGGACAUGAUAAUUAAUAUUUCAGACCCUUCAGAUAAUGAGAAUGGAAUAGAUUCAAAAGAAACUGAUUUCAAUCAAUCAAAGUCCACCAGAACGACCAAAGUUGUAUCUGUUCCUGCCGAAUGUCCUCUAGAACGUUUAGGUAAUCCGAAAUGGAAAUUUGAGAGAGAAUGGCGUCAGCCCAAGCAAACGGAAGAAUGCGAUGACCUUAUCAAUCUUGAUCCGCCUUCCCUAUCUGACUCGAAAAGCUCGGAAAAUGAUGAUGAACAAGAGUCCGGAAUUGUACCUGCAAAUUCGUAUGGAGGAAGUUAUAAUUUUGAUAAUUAUUCUUCGGCAAAUCGUGUUUCAUCGGAUAGAUUAAUAGAGAGAACCACAGACGUCAUGACCGAACAUAAUCAAUUUAUUAAAGCACCCAAAAACAAUAGCUUAUUGAUCAACCUACUUGAAUCGACCAUUGGAUGCGUGGAUUCAAAUUCAAAUUAUCCACAUAACAUCCAUGGUGCGAUCAAUAAUGAAAUGUCAAACUUAAAUGUAAACGAUCUUCUAUCCGAUUCCACAUGUCCCCCUGUUGUGUCAACGAAUUUGGAUGUAAUGAAUAAUCCAGAUUUCAAUUUAUUAUCAUUUGAUGACGACGAUAAACCACCUACAUCUUCUAAUGGAAUGAUUCCAAUAGAGAAACCAUCACAAGAAAAUGAAAAAGAAACUAAUAAGAAAAGAAAUUCGAUUAAUUUUGAUGAAUUGGAUAUGUUUCUCGCGAACUUAGAAAGAGGUAAUAACACUGAAGUUGCUCGGUCUGAAAUUAGAACUUUCGAGAUUUCCGAAAUUGCUCAACCUGAGGUCAGGAAUUUCGAAACAUUUGAAGAUUCGAACGGGUUGCCAGCUCAUACUAGUACCAUCAAUCAAACUGUCGAUGACAGUUCGCCUCUUAAUUCACGAACCGGUACCCUUGAUUCGCGACCCAAGUACCGUUGUGAAAAUUUGUCCCUUGCAAAUAUGGAAUCCGCAAUUACAAAUAUGUCUGCACCUGAUGUUAAUAACAAAAAUAAUGAGGAUAAAGUCAAUGGACCUCAGGCUGUUUUAGAUAGUGAUCCAAAUUACACAAAACCAGAAACCAAUGGCAGUGAAUUCCUUAUCCAUAUAACGAUUGAAACACAAUCAUAUGGAAGGCAAAUAUUGCAUUUGCGUAUUGAUGAUGAUCCUAUAGCUGCAGCGACCGAGUUCUGCAAAAAAUGGGAAAUGAUGGAAUAUGAAGAAGCAUUAAAAGGCUUCGUUCUGAAGGAGCAAAAGAAGAAGAUUCGUAAAUUAAAAUCAAAACGUCGUAGAUAA